GGCCGUUUUUAACAGCGCGGAUCACGGAAACGGACGCCAGCGCCGUGGGAUCGAGAUCUAACGCUUCAUAAACUAUUUACAACGUGUUUGCAUUCCUAAAACGCGAAACGCGGCCGAAACGCACAAACAAAUAACGACGGGUAGCGGUGCCUAUCUAAGUGUCCCGUUUGUUUACCCAGCGCGAGACUAACGGGCACCGGUGCGUUGUGUGAGCCCGGUGGAUCCACGUGCAUGUGCACCGGUGCAUGCAGCACGGCUAAAAUGGGUGUGAUGGCUUGUGUACACGUCACAGCAUCUCCCGGCAGCUUCCUGGGACCGCGCGCCAUCCCGUUAACGACGGGGAGCCCUGGAAACGCACCGACCUCCGUUAUCUCGCGACCAUGGCCGACGUUCCAGCGAUAAUAAACAUCGCGAUCUCCCUGAAAAUCCAGCCCAACGACGGGCCCGUGUUUUACAAGGUGGACGGGACGAGGUUCGGCCAGAGCAGGACGAUCAAAUUGCUAACAGGAUCGAAAUACAAAAUCGAGGUGAUCGUGAAGCCGGGCAGCGCGGAGGCCGCCACGAUGGGGAUCGGAGGAAAGAGCUUCCCUUUGGAGCAGCAGUCCAAAGACGACGAGCAGAUCGUCUACAACGGCACCUACGACACCGAGGGAGUGCCGCACACCAAGAGCGGGGACAGGCAACCCGUGCAGGUCUCCGUAGAGUUCAAAGACGCCGGCAUGUUCGAAACCGUAUGGCAAGUGAAGUACUACAACUACUACAAGAGAGAGCACUGCCAGUUCGGCAACAGCUUCAACUGCAUCGAGUACGAGGCCAAGCCCAACGAGACCCGCAGCCUCAUGUGGAUAAACAAAGAGGUCUUCCAGUAAAAGAGGAGCGGAGCCGCAGCAAACCCGCGCGGUUACGUCCUGUAACCAUCAUGGGGCCGGUGACUGCAGAGCGCUCAAGUGAAACGAGAUGUGACUAUCAAAGGCUCCGAGCGAGCGAUAUCAAACAGCAGGGUAUCUGUUCGCCAGUCUAUUCGUUGUCGUGCAUGAUAUCCGGACGUUUCCAGAAUACCUCCCCCUCCCUCUUUCUGUGUAUCUCGCCCGAGCUGGUGAAAUAUUUUGGGUGAAGAUCUCAAUUUGCAAAGCACAUGUCAGCUCUAUUAUGGUUACAGACGCACCGAGACCGUCUUUCGUCGAGACUCGGGUGAGAAAGCGGCGCUGCGGGCUUGUAUUUACUCCAGCGGUUUGCUGUUUUAGGCUCCAAUGCUUGCUCAAAAAGGUGCUGUAUGAACAUACACAGGCUACUCACGAUACCCUCUAAUAGUAUAAUGUAAUAUUAUAUAGGUAAAGACCAGUCAGUUAAUAUUGUGGUCUUUGGGACCAGCGUAAAACUAUUUAUUUGUGACAGGCGUGUGUGUUUCUGUAUGGUCUGAGUGGAUGUUUAAUUGCUAUUUCCUAUUUUGUGUUACUGUUUUUCACUGCUUACGCUGUUAUAUAUAUAUAUAUAUAUAUGUUGCCUAUUUUUCACAGAAGCAUUAGUUCGCUGGCGAGAGUUAGGUGUGAAUCAGAAACGCAGUUGCUUAAAUCUACGCCUGUUUUUAUUCGUGUUCUGAUCAUUCGUUUGCUCGUGGGGUGCCUAAGUGUGUUGCUGAAUAUCAUUCUUGAUUUUUCUGUGACCCGGAGCCAAACUUUUGACCUUUUUGUAAGAAUAUCUUGUUGCUUGAAGUUCUGUUCUGUUCUGUUUUGAAAAAAAAAAAUCAUUAUGGUUUAAGAAAAUACCAGCCAAUAAAAGACAGAAAGUACAAAAUAUGCAAUAAAUCAAAAA